AUGGUUCAACCGUCGAUUGGAAAAGAUCUCGAGUCAGCAAAUGGUUCAAAAGUAUCUUCAAAUGCCAUUGAAGAACCGAAAACAAAAAAGGAAAUAUGGUAUGAAUGGAUCAGAAAUAGACUUCGCCAUUAUAUGAUUCUGGAAUUGUUGUUUUCGAUUUGUCUCGUUUUGAUUCUAUGGAAACUAUGCCAUAUUUCAUCUCAGAUUUCAAGUAUUCAUUCCGAAUUCCGAGACUUCAGACUAGAUAUUGAAUCUAAUAGAGUUUCCAAACCAACGGACACUAUUAAUCUGAACGGAGGAAAUAAGAAAAUAGAAGAAUUUGUAGAACAAGUGAUGAAAGAUAUCAAGAAUCCAUCGAAAGAAUAUCCUAAACAAGUCAUCCUAACCCGAGAUAAUUCAUCUACAAAUAACUCAGUUUUCCAAAUAAAUGCAGCAAGUCUUAUUCUCGGAGCAACAGUUGAUUCGAGUCGAUCAUCCAGUUCAGACAAUAAUCCAUUAUUUGGAAGAGACCAAAGUGGUUAUGUAUUGAUUGAUAGAUCUGAUCCACCAUCAGAUAAAGCAUGGUGUUCAAAUGAGGAGAAUCCAAUUCUGACUAUUGAUUUGGCAAAGUAUAUCAGACCAAUUUCAGUGUCUUAUCAACACUCGAAAUGGUCAGGAAUGGUUCCAGAUGGUGCACCGAGCAGAUAUGAUGUACUUGCUUGCCUCGAUUACUACUGUAACAAUCUAGAACCACUUGUCACAAAUUGUGAAUAUAGAGCAACUAGAGAAAACAAACAAGAACAAUUCUGCUCAAUUCCAUUCGAUUCAAAUCUUUCUUCAAUUGGAAAAGUUCAAUUUCAUUUCCGUCAAAAUCAUGGAAAUGUCAUGAAAACUUGUGCUCAUACGAUUCGAGUCUACGGAGAGACGAAAGACGUUCCAAAAGUUAAAGAGAUGACUCUGAAACGGGCUGAAACUUGUUCUGAACUCACUUAUGACUAUCAUCAUAACCCGUGGAUUUACAAAAUAUUUGACUACAAGAAUUGCACGGUACUUUACUCGAAUGACUGCUGUACUGAAUGUCCGGAAUGCUGUGACGAAUGUGUUAUUAAAGACACCAACUUUGACACAGUUGCUUUCUGCUUCCUUUUGGACUCUAAGACAGCGGCAUCACAGUUGACAUCGUUUCUGAGUUACUCUCCUGUUCCAGAAUACCUCUGUUUAAUUGAAUGGAGAGGGUCGAACACUGAGAAAGUUCCAGGACUUGCAGAGACGCAGGUUUUGUAUUACUGGACUGGUGGCAAGGGAGAUAUUUUUUUGGCUAAUUUCAAAGGAAGAGAGUUAUACGUAUACAAAGGAGAACUAAACGAUUCUACAGUGAUCAAGUUUUUGAAUGACUCGAAAUCGAAUCAUGGAUAUCUAAACUUGAAGGUUGUUAAUAUGAUUGUUAAUGAAUCAUACGAGUUGCAUCAUGAUAUCAUCAUUAGUCAAUGCAAUUUCAAAACUUUCGAUUCAAUGGAAAAUCUUCCAAUUUUUCAUUAUAAACAAAGAAAUAAGAUUCAUCCCAACGUGUUCAAGUCUCUUCAAUUCUCGAGUCAAUACUAUAUAGUAUGGGAAUCAGAUGGAUACGUCGCAUCAUUCAAAGUUCAAUCGAAUUCAAUAUUUUUCACAGCGUGGAAUAUGAACGAGAAAGAUUUUCUGGAGAAACAUGCAAAUAAUAUGUUUCAAUAA